GAGUGGGGGURCUGAAUGCGGACACUUGUCGCCUCACCCUGUGUGGGUCACCCGUGUGACGGGAGCGGGGCCGGCCAGCGGCRCAGCCCCGGGAGGAGGCGCUGCCCCGGCCCGGCUCCGGCCCUGUCCCCGUCCCCGUCCCCGUCCGUCCCCAGAUCCGGGCCAUGGCGGCGGGAAGGGCGCGGGUGUCCCGCCUGCUGCGGCAGCUGGAGCGGGCAGCUUGCCGGUGCCCGAGCCAUGGCCACACUUAUUCCCAAGAUGGCCAUUUCAAACAUCCGAUAUGGAGAAGGAGUUACAAAAGAGAUUGGCAUGGACCUGCAGAAUCUUGGUGCUAGAAGAGUUUGUUUGAUGACAGAUAAAAACCUCUCCAAGCUCCCUCCUGUAAAUGCAGUAUUGAAUUCCUUGGCAAAAUAUGGUAUAAACUUUCAAAUGUAUGAUGAUGUCCGUGUGGAGCCAACAGACCAAAGUUUCCUGGAUGCCAUUCAGUUUGCUAAAAAGGGCGAGUUUGAUGCCUACGUUGCUGUUGGAGGUGGGUCUGUAAUGGACACCUGUAAAGCUGCCAACCUGUAUGCGGCCAGCCCUUCAUCRGAAUUCUUGGAUUAUGUCAAUGCUCCCAUUGGGAAAGGGAAGCCUGUCACUGUGCCCCUCAAGCCACUCAUUGCAGUUCCUACGACAUCUGGCACUGGAAGUGAAACCACUGGUGUUGCCAUUUUUGACUUCAAAGAACUAAAAGUUAAAACCGGUAUUGCUUCAAGAGCCAUUAAGCCAACAUUAGGCAUCAUUGAUCCUUUACACACACUGUCUAUGCCUGAACGAAUAGUGGCCAACAGUGGCUUYGAUGUGCUUUGCCAUGCCCUGGAAUCGUACACCGCUCUCCCUUACAACGAGCGCAGUCCCUGCCCUUCCAAUCCCGUCCACCGACCAGCCUACCAAGGCAGCAACCCUGUCAGYGAUGUCUGGGCUCUUCAUGCUCUGCGGAUUGUUGCUAAAUACUUGAAAAGAGCCAUCAGAAAYCCUGAAGACCGUGAAGCAAGAGCCAACAUGCACCUGGCAAGUGCUUUUGCUGGUAUUGGCUUUGGCAAUGCUGGUGUUCAUCUCUGCCAUGGAAUGUCUUACCCUAUUUCUGGUUUGGUGAAAACUUAUAAGCCAAAGGAUUAUAAUGUGGAUCACUCUUUAGUGCCACAUGGCCUUUCUGUGGUGCUGACAUCCCCAGCAGUGUUUGCUUUCACAGCACAGAUACAUCCUGAGCGACACUUAGAAGCUGCAGAGAUUCUAGGAGCUGACAUCCGCACUGCCAGAAUCAAAGAUGCGGGGCUUAUUUUGGCAGACACACUCCGGAAAUUCCUAUUUGAUCUGAAUGUUGAUGAUGGCUUAGCUGCAAUUGGUUAUUCCAAAGCAGACAUCCCUGCAUUAGUCAAAGGCACUCUGCCUCAGGAGAGAGUGACAAAACUAUCACCACGUCCCCAAACAGAAGAAGACUUAUCUGCCCUCUUUGAGGCUUCCAUGAAACUUUACUAGCUUAAACAUUUUGUUCUGGAAAGUGUGGUCUAUCCUAACCCAGAGAUAGUUCUURAUAGAUAUGGGACUGAAUUUUCUUAGAGCAUGGAAGAAUUUGGGUACCUUUGACUUCUGUUCCAUUGUGCACUGCCAAAAGGUCACGUAAUUCAUCUUUAAACAGAGCUUUGAAGUGAAGACUUGACUGUGGUUUCUGUCUUGCUCAGUAGUCAGUGGUAUUGACUUGCAUAACAGUUGGAGCAGAUUUCUUGCAUUGCUGAAGUCCUUUUUGUGCUUUGGAGGUGGUCAAAGGUGGAAAAAUGUUUGAAGGGAUUUUCAAACCAUUUUGCAAAUCAUGCUUCUGUUUAAAUUAUCCAUUUUUGUUUUAAAAAGUCAUGCUAGUUAAGAUAUAAUGAAGGUCAUUUUUAAUUAGGGAGGGAAAGACCUCUGCAGAAAAUGUCAGCUUCCUGUAUUCUGUUAUGUUUUAUCAUCUUUUUACCAUCUGGCUUUGCUAAGAAGGCUCUUGAACAGGGGCAGUUUUUCACUGUUCGGUUAAGAAAAAAUUUACACACUUCAUAGCUGUUUGGAAAAGGCUGCUUGAAAAUUUGCUUUGGGUUAAAAUUCUGUCAUAUGUAUUGUCAUAGCUUUAUCUUUCCUCUUAUAAUCUCUAUGAUUGUCAURUGUUUAUCUUUCCUUUUAUGAUCUAGAUGAGGUGUUCAUCAGAAGAGCAAAACCAGAGUAAAGUAUGGUCACAUGCUCAGCAGGAACCAUGUAACAGCAUGACAGCAUUCAUCAUGGUCAUUCUGUCUCUGUGGAGGCAACAUGUCCCUUUUCCUGCUGUGUUCUGUGGAAGGAAGCUCUCGACUGUAUCUCUUUUCUGGGAAUCAAUUGCUUCUGCUGAGCUCCUGCAGGUGCUCAGAGUGCAGCCAUCACCCUAAGGAAGAGGCCCAAUGCUGUGGUUAAAUAUUAAAAAAUGGUGAAGCAUUUGGCUGCACAGUGCCCCACAGGGAGCACUGGUUAAAUGUGGGGAUGAGCAUGCACCUUCACAGCAGUUAACCAGCUGGUUGACUGUCAGCUGAGAAAGGGAAGUGGCAAAGGGAGAAAUGAAACUCAAAUUUUAAUAACAUUUUCCUUUUUUUGACAAGUUCACGUGGUUGUGUGUACAGUUCAUUUAAAUCAAAUUCUGGUUCAUGUUGGACUGUUCCAGCCUCUGAUUCAUGCAGCUACCACAGCACAAGACAAAUGAGAGAAGAACCCCGUGACUUCUGAUGUGCACAUUUCUUUCUGCUGGGGAGGGAGCACUUUUCAGUCGCCCUGUUGAAGUAGAAGGCUCUAUGCUUGCCCCUUUGCAUUUGUGUAUUUGUCUGGUCAAACCAGUGCUGUCCUGGAAUCUGARGACAGAUGUGUACUGGAUAUUGAUACUGGAUCUGUUUCAGUGCUGUUAAAAUAAGUGGAUGGAUACUGGUUGAAGACUGGUUAUUUUUAGCGUCAGAAGGGGUUUGGUGGCCACAGGACUGCACUGCCAAUGUGUCUCAGCCUUUGCUGGGAUACUCAUUUCCAUGUCCUUCUGAAUCUUUCUCUCUGCUGAAAUUGCCCACAAGUACCUCUGUCAUGAAGGCUGAUGUUGUAAUAGCAAGGGAUUUACUUUAUUAUAAYGUGCAAAGCUGCCAUGUUUGGGGAAAAAAAACCCUACCUCUUGUCAAACCCUUUUGUUCAAAGUCAGGCUGGUUGAGGCUGUGAACAGCCCAGUCUAGUGAAGUGUCCCUGCCCACAGCAGGGAGGUUAGAACUAGAUGAUCCUUAAGGUCCCUUCCAGCCCAAACCAUUCUGUGGUUCUAUAUAAACUUUUGGCCUGUUUUUUUUUUCUUUCCACUCCUUUCUUUCUCUAGCCUAUAGCAGUACAGAUUCAUGAAGAGACAGUCUUUUUGUCUGGGACCCUAAUUCAUGGCAGCCAUGCUAUGUUUGGAGAGAAUAUACUUUCUGGGGAGCUGAGCAGCAUGGGAUUUCAUCACUGCAGCAGAGSUCUUUGAUGGGUUAGUUAGGGAGGUAGAGUCACUUCUUCAGCACACSUUUUAUCUGCCUUUUUUGCCAGUGUGGCAGGCUGCAUUUUCAACUGACAGAACCUCAUGCUUAACUUCCUAUUCCAGGUAACACACAGCUGUUGUUAGUUUUUAAARUAAACCUCAUACCCUCUUAGAUGCCCAUUUUUUACACGUGAGACAAAGGGUUUACGUAAUGCUUCACCUAACAGAAGCAGAUGGUGCCGUAAGAAGGGUCAUUUAUGUUUUCCACACCCCUUUGGCAGCAUCAAGGUCUUCAACUGGUCUUUCACUGGCUGUGAAAUCUCUCUCACGCACAUCAGUCCCCACCACUAAAUAUUAGUUACUAGUAGAAAUUUUCUAAGGAAAAACCAAAGGAUGUCAAGUUGCCCCAGAUUGCUGGUUUUCAAAUAGUGAUGGCAUGACAGAGUGUUGCAUCCUGGCUUCUGGGCAGUGGUGGUUUUGUUCACAACUGGAGUUACACGAGGUUUUUCACAUAUUAUCUUUCUAAAUUACUCUGUACUGGUAUUUCUGUGGGGAUCUGGGUUAGACUGUAAUUGUGUGAGCCCAGYGGUGGCUGGGCAUGUGUGUGAAAUCUGGGAGGCUUGUUCUUGUGUCUCCUGUUACUGCUCUGUUAUUCAAGCCUUCUGUGAUGGAUCUGUUACUUUAGAUGAUGCUGAAAUUCAAAUAACAAAAAUAAACCCAAGCUUGUUUGAAAGAG